GGCGCGUGGGAAGCGCGGCCCAAAACCUCCCCCAAGGUGAAAGAAUUGCAGAGAGCGACCGAGGCGGAGGAGAGUGAGGAGGAGCGGCCCCACGCGCCAGCCAGCCAGCCAGCCAGUCAGCCGCAGACCCCAUGGCCGCCGGCGACGGCGCCGACCCGAUGGAGCUCGUGCGGGGGCAGUACGACGCCGACGAGCUCGCCAUCGCCGGGGAGUUCCUCACCACCUGGCUCCCCUUCCUCUCCGCGGGCCUCUGCCCCUCCUGCGUCGGCUCCCUCCGCGGCCGCGUCGCCUCCCUCCUCCCCCCGCCGCCGCCCCCGCCGCGAGCGGAGGAGCCGGCGCCGCCGCCGCCGGUCGAGAGGGUCGUUGCCACGGGGUGGGACUCGGAUCCGGCCGCCCCACGGCAUCUCCCGUUCGAGCCCAGCGGGUGGGACUCGGAUCCGCCCCCGCCGCCGCCGCAGGGGCAGCAGGCGGAUGCGGAGAAGCCCCGGAUGUCGUGGGCGGACAUGGCGCAGGAGGACGAGCUCGCCGCCGCGGCGGCGGAGGAGGCGGCCGCAGACGAGGACGGGGAGGAGGGGGAGGAGGAGGAGGCCGGCGGGGCGGGGAGGCCGAGGGCGAGGCUGACCAGGGAGCAGCGGGAGCUGCAUCGGUUCCGGAACGUGCUGCGGAAGGACGACUUCAUAUGCCUCGAGAGGGUCAAGGGCAGCCUCGUCAACAUCCUCGCCGGCCUGGAGCUCCACGCCGGCGUGUUCAGCACCGCCGAGCAGAAGCGCAUCGUCGACUGCGUCUACGGCCUGCAGGAGAUGGGCAAGCGCGGGGAGCUUGGAGAUCGUACAUAUACAGAACCUGAGAAAUGGAUGCGUGGUAAAGGGCGGGUAACAAUUCAAUUUGGAUGCUGUUAUAACUAUGCUACGGACAGGAAAGGAAAUCCACCAGGCAUCAUUCGAACUUUUGUUUCUGAUCCGAUCCCUGAACUAUUUAAGGUCAUGAUCAAGAGAUUGGUAAGGUGGCGUAUUCUGCCAACGGAUUGUGUGCCAGACAGUUGCAUUGUCAACAUGUAUGACCCUGGAGAUUGCAUCCCACCACAUAUAGACAGCCAUGAUUUUGUUCGACCAUUUUGUACUGUUUCAUUCCUCAGUGAAUGCAACAUACUUUUUGGGUCUAGUCUGAAAAUCGCUGGUCCUGGAGAAUUUACGGGCUCAUUUGCAAUUCCUCUGCCUGUUGGGUCUGUGCUUGUCAUAAAUGGCAAUGGUGCUGAUGUUGCAAAGCAUUGUGUUCCGGCGGUACCAUCCAAAAGGAUAUCCAUCACCUUCAGAAAAAUGGAUCCUGCAAAGCGUCCAUUCAGUUUCAAGGAUGAUCCUGAACUGCUGAACAUCACUCCUCUCGAAGCACCAGCUGCGCCUGAAACUAGCAGAUCCUCGGAUGAAGGCAAGGGGAAGCAGCUUGGCGUACAAACUCGGGAUCCAGGCAGCAGAUCAUCCAGAAGCAGGAAAUCCAAAGGAAGAACGACACCUGCUGGAAAGGCUGGAUGGGGGGGCAUUCUUGGAGACCAACCUCCACAGCACCCACAGAGCCCUAUCUCCAGUGUGAGCUCUGACAGAGAGAGGGACUCCAUUGGGAGGUCGAGAGAGCCAAGAUAUCCACCGAAUUCUGACAGAGAAAAGGACUCCGUUGAGAGGCCGAGAGAGCCAAGAUAUCCGCGUGACGCACCAUCUCAUGGAGAGGACCUCAGAGACCGGCUGAACAGGCCGCCUCAUGAGAGGACGCCUGGCAGCGGUGUGUUCUUCGUCAACAACGGCGCGGACUCCCAGGCCAGGGGGCAACGGAUGGAGCACGGGCAGCUACAGAUGAUCAACCGCACCAUCACCGACGACAUGGACUCCCUCUCCGUCGGGAGCCACGAGUCCUCCGAGCAGCCCCGCGUCAGCGUGCGGACCAUACACAACAGACCAAGGACCAGAAUAAACCUGGGCUGGUAGUGGUAGCCAGCCAUACCAUGUGCGACGGACCAUGUCUGUACUCAAAAUCUUGGGACGCAAUGUCGGAAAAGUUUAUCGAUACCUGGGAAACUGGAAAGGGGAAGUUGAGAUGUACAUUUUCAGGAACUGAAUUCACUGAUAGAUACUGUAGUCAGGAGCCUACUGUGUAGAUAAUCAGAGCUGUUAUUUUUUCCUGGAAUGCUGUAAUUGUGUCUUUGGUGUGGAUGCUGCGCUGCGUUGGCGGGAUUAUUGGUGGCCGAAUAAUAUUGGCUGGGUGUAGGGCAGGAGUUUUUCUUGGAACUAAUAUGCUGUGAUUGUGUCUUGGAUAA